UUGAGGAGGCGGGGCAUGGCGCACGUUUGAGGUAAUACCAUCCACACGCAGUUUCAUCUGGUACUGGAGUUGGAGGCGCGUGCUGCUCCGUCAGAUCUAAGCCGAAAACAGCAAGAGGCCUGAGCCGCAGGAGGAGCUCCGUCAUCCCCGUUUUCCUCCCGACUUCACAAGUGCGCAGUUCCACAGACCACCGCUCACCAUGGCGCUCGACGGAUGCGGAGUCGUCUGCAAAUACAUUCUCCUCAUUUUCAACAUCAUCUUUGCCGUGGUUGGGAUGGCAUUUUUGAGCCUUGGCUUGUGGCUCAGAUUCAGUGAGAACACCCGAGCCAUCUUUUCAGUGGCUGAACUCAACUCCAGUGCUUUUGUCAUAGGUGUGACUGUACUGAUAGCCCUCGGCUCGGUCAUGCUGAUAGUGGUGGUGUUCGGAGACUACGGCGCCUGUAAUGAGAAAAAGACUUCUCUGCAAGUGUUCUCUGUCCUGCUCUUCCUUCUGGCCAUAGCUGAAUUUGUCGUCGGAGCACUCGCCUAUUCUAACCGCGGAAAGGUUGGAGAGAAACUAGGAGAGUUCUACAUGAGCUUAUAUUCCCUCUAUGUGAAUAGCCAAGACCCAGCAAUCGGUGUCACUCUCACAUUCAUCCACAACUCACUGCACUGCUGUGGAAUGACUGGAGUCCAUCUCAUUGAGAUGGUGAAGCAGACCUGUCCUAAACCAGACGGCAUCAUGGAGCACAUCGUCAUGCCCAACUGUCCCGUUACCAUUGUGACUGUCUUUGACAGCAGGGCGCCACUGGUGAUGGGCAUUUUCAUCGGAACCGGAGCUCUUCUGAUCGUAGCUCUGAUUUGUAGCGGAGUGAUCAAUUCCCAGCUUCAGUGGGCCUCUGCAUCUCCUCAGUACAUUAUCCUGAAUCCCAGCACGUCCUCCCUGGCUGCCCCUCAGCCUUACCCUCAGCCUUACCCUCAGCAUGUCACCGUCUCCAACAACUCCUUCCCUGAUCAGGAACCAGUCGUCUUCACGCCCCUGUCUGUGGUCAACAUCCCUCUGGCUCAGGCUUAAGAGUCGUCUCGUCAGAUUUCAUACUUUUAUGGGAUCCCACAAAGCUCUGACGUGACAAACUCUUUGCUUCUCUCACCAUGAUCACACUCGAUCCUUCAUACUGUUUAGAAGGAACAAUCCCCCCACCCCCACCCCUUAGAUAACUAACAAUUUAAACAUCACUGCCACUUUGGGGAAGUCAUCUUCAAGGGAAAUUGUGACAAUUGCUGAUUAUGUUUCAAGUUUUUGUGAAGCAGACCAACGGUUCUGAGAGCAGGUCCUGUCAAUCAGAGGACGUCCGUUACACGGCACACCUACAUCUAGUCAGGAGUUUCCAUAGGAAUGUCAUGGAAAUUAAUGUCAUUAUAAAUUAGGAAGUUAAAAUACACAUUUAUAUUCCAGGCAAGAAGGAUCCCAGCAUAGGACUUAUUCUUUAAAACAAGAUUGUGUGCACUAGUUAAACCUUUGGGGAUUUCCCCCAGUUUAACAGGAUGAAAACUAUACGUAUCCAUGACAACUAACAUUUGGUUAGUUAUCCUUCAACAGGUUGCAGAGAAACCACAAACUUUUGUAGUCAUCAGCAAGCUCCUGGCAUGAAUCUGGCUGGAUGUUUGACCAAACUUUUUUAUCAGAAUUGAUUUUAAAUGGGUUGGUUUCCAGGUACAGGCCAGAUUUUCGAGUACAGUGCAUACAUUUGGAAAGGGGUUGUAGUCAUGGCCAUUCUGGAUUCUUAAACUUUACCCUUCCCAAAAACAUUUUAGAUGUGUCUGGUAAUAAUUUCCCAGUAAAUCAGUUUAUUUCCUUUUUUAUUUUUAUAUCAGUUCAUUCAUCUGACACAAUGUGUCAGAUGAAUGACAGCUUGGUCACUCAUCUGACAAACAGGCCAACAUUAAGCUUCUGGAAAGGUCCUGACCUCAAUCCUGUUGCACCUUUAUGGACUGUGCUUAAAAGCCCAGUUUGUGCCUGGACAUUUAAAACGAGCUCUGCCAUUUCUGCUGAUAGCAUUUGGGCAGAUAUUCAGACGGACAAAUGUAUGAAGCUUGUUGAUGGCUCCUCUGUUAACCACAUAUUAGUGAGGUUGUUGCUAAAGAUUUGAGCCUGUGUGCAUUAGAGAAAAUCCACAUUAAAAUCAAACCCAGUUCUUUUAGAGAGCAUUGAAAUUGUUUGUUGAAGGAUCAACCCUUGUCCAAAAACAGAGGUUGAAAUAAUUAAAAGCCCCAAAUCACAGCAACGUUCUUGGCCAUGACAACGAUGGGAUGUUAACUUCUGACCAGGACUGGGUGUGUCCAUCACAACCUGCAAAGGAAUGACUGCUGCUCCACAGAAACAAGAAAUAUUCUCUGUCUUGUCUAUAAAAGCUUGUUCUCUAUUUUUUGUAAUCAAACGGGUUGGAUUUCUUCCUUCAAAUGUUCUCUUAGUUACCACAGAACACAUUACCAUUUCACUUUUAGAUGAUUUUUUUUUUUUUUGUGUGGUUUUGUUUGAAUCAACACGGGCUGGAAAAUCUUGUCUUGUCUUUGACACCAAUAUAUUCUGGUGGCUGGUUUAGAUUGUGUGACGUUAGAAGCAGGUUUUUUCACAGCUCUCUGGCUUUAAAGCAUGAAUCAGGAGCCUGCCGCUAACAUCCAUCCUGACCCGUCAGGUCUCAGUUAGCAGCUCUACAUGUAUGCUGUGCAGCUAACUAAAGACUGCUGGACUAGUCAGUCAGUCUGAAGUGUGCUCAGAGCUGGCCAAAUGCAGGAUGGACAUUAGUAGCAGGUCUGGGCGAGGCCUCUGUCCCUUCGCUGUUCUUUACUUCCCUCCUUCUUUGUCUGCAUGACAGAUUACUGCCCUGGUCUGCGCCAGUUUGCUCCUGAAACAGAUCAAGAGAGAGCAUCAGGCGGUCACCACUUACUAUUCGACUGUGUACUAAGAACAGGAGGACUGUUGAGGGUUGACCCUCGGCCUCCUCUGCUUCAUCUUCAGUGACCAUCGCUGGAAACUCAACCAGCGGAUCAGUGUUUACAGCUUUUCCUGUGUGCGUGCGUGUGUGUGUGUGUGUGUGUGUGUGUGUGUGUGUGUGUGUAUGCGCGUGUGUACAGUUGGAGACAGUCUGCGGAAAAUGUUGUACACCACUAGAUUUACCAUCCUAAAAGAUACUCCGAACCAGCCAGAUCUGCAAAUACCUGAGGCUAUUAAUCUGACAAUGCAAACACGAUUUAUCUGCAAACCUUAGUAGCAAAAGCACACGGAGCCUUUUUUUUUUAACAAACGGGAAUGCAUGCAACCAUGUUGCACGUAAACUCAAGUCUUUCCAUCCAUUUUAUGCUUUUAAGUUAGAUCGUUAGAGGUAGUUUGUUGUCGCUACAUGCUGCGAACUAACUGAGCCUGUGUUGAACCUCACUGUCAGAAAUGUGAACGGGAACAAGGGAUCAUAGUGAUAAAGGCAAGCUUUUAGAGGCUUUGAUUGUGUUUAGGUCAGAAUAUAAAGUUGAGAACUUUUUUCAUCGCUUACGCCAAUCACAGCAGUGAUCGUGUUUUUUUGUUUAGUAUUCUUAUGAGCAAUGCUCUAGUUAUAUUAGAUUUGUUUUAUUUUUUACGGUACUGUUUUUUUUUAAUAUACUCACAGGUUUAAAAGGUAAAGGGAUACACGCAAAAAUCUUUGGUUAAAAAAAUGCAUUUCAUUUAUUUCUUAUUGCUUGCUUGAUGUUUUAACGAUGACAGGAUUUGGCCAGAAAGUUAAAUGGAGUCCUUGAGAAUCAAAUAAAAGAAGUCCUUUGUGUCAGAAGCUGUUGUUUCUGGAUGAAAAAAAAGAAAAAGCGUAACAUUUAAAUGGUGUCUUUUGAAAUUGUAAGUCAAAACUGUUGCCUUGGUAUAAAUUAUUUUUUUAUAUUGCGAACAAAGAGACAGAUUCCAAGUUCUACGUUUAAAAGCUUGAACGCCUUAUUUUUCUUUACACUGUAUCAUGUAGUCCAGACUACUGCAUUGUAAUUACGUGAGAACAAAAUAUUCUCUUAAUGGUUGUGGCUGUGCAUGUUUCAAUAAAAUAACAGAAAAACUGCAA